GUGAAACUCACACAGUCUUUGUGUCUGAGAGGAGAAAUGGCGCAGAAAGGAGUCGAUCUGGAUCAAGAGAAUUUCAGCUGUUCCAUCUGUCUGGAUCUGCUGAAGGAUCCGGUGACUAUUCCCUGUGGACACAGCUACUGCAUGAAGUGUAUUCAAGGAUUCUGGGAUGGAGAGGAGAAAAUCCACAGCUGUCCUCAGUGCAGGAAGACCUUCACACCGAAACCUGUUCUGGUGAAAAACUUCAUGUUUGCUAAUUUAGUGGAGCAGCUGAAGAAGACUGGAGUCCAAGCUGCUCCUGCUGAUCAUUGCUAUGCUGGACCUGAAGAUGUGUCCUGUGAUGUCUGCUCUGGAAGAAAACAGAAAGCCUUUAAGUCCUGUUUGAUCUGUCUGACCUCUUACUGUGAGAAACACCUUCAGCCUCAUUUGGAUGAAGCUGCAUUCAAGAAACACAAGCUGGUGGAACCCUCCAAGAACUUGCAGGAGAACAUCUGCUCUAUUCAUGAUGAGGUGAUGAAGAUGUUCUGUCGCACUGAUCAGAAGUGUAUCUGUUACCUCUGCUCUGUGGAGGAACAUCGAGGACACGACACAGUCUCAGCUGCAGCAGAAAGGACUGAGAGGCAGAGAGAUCUGGAGGAGAGUCAACAACAAAUCCAGCAGAGAAUCCAGGACCGAGAGAAAGAGGUGAAGCUGCUUCAACAGCAGCUGGAGGCCAUCAAUCACUCUGCUGAUCAAACCGUGAAGGACAGUGAGGAGAUCUUCACUGAGGUGAUCCGUCUCAUCCAGAAAAGAAGCAGUGAUGUGAAGCAGCAGAUCAGAUCCCAGCAGCAAACUGAAGUGAGUGGAGUCAAAGAUGUUCAGGAGCAGCUGGAGCAGGAGAUCACUGAGCUGAAGAGGAGAGACGCUGAGCUGAAGCAGCUUUCACUCACAGAGGAUCACAGCCAGUUUCUGCUCCACUUCCCCUCACUGCCACCACUCAGAGAGUCCACAUCCAGCAUCAACGUCCGUCCUCGGAGAUACUUUGAGGAUGUGACAGCAGCUGUGUCCGAGCUCAGAGACAAACUGAAGGACAUUCUGAGAGAGUCCCUGACAGUCACUCAUGUGGAUGUUUCACUGCCAGAACCAGAACCAAGGAGCAGAGCUGACUUCUUAAGAUAUUCAUGUCAAAUCACACUGGAUCCAGACACAGCACAGAGAGAAUUGUUACUGUCAGAGGAGAACAGAAAGGUGACAUUUAUGGAAAAACGUCAGUCUUAUUCUGAUCAUCCAGACAGAUUUACUGAUUGUGUUCAGGUUCUGAGUAGAGAGAGUCUGACUGGACGUCGUUACUGGGAGGUGGAGAGAAAAGGAGUCGUUAGUGUAGCAGUCACAUACAAGAACAUCAGCAGAUCUGGAGAUGACAGUGGAUUUGGCUUAAAUGACAAAUCUUGGGCAUUAGAUUGUUUUCCAGACAGUUUGUCGUUUCUCCACAGCAGACUAAAAACCUUCAUCUCAGCUCCUGUUUCCUCCAGAAUAGGAGUGUACCUGGAUCACAGAGCAGGUGUUCUGUCCUUCUACAGCGUCUCUGAAGGCAUGACUCUCCUCCACAGAGUCCAGACCACAUUCACUCAGCCGCUGCAUGCUGGACUGUGGUUAAGUAAUAAAGGAGACUCAGCAGAGUUCAGUAAACUCAAAUAGAAGUUCAUCAAAGAAGUUUGUAGGGAUUUCUCUGCUUUACAUCAUUUUGCACUGUUAUUAUUCUGUGGAGUAGUGUCAGAAAUAAGAGAAAUUAGAAAUCUCAAGAAUCUUGAUUUGAGACAUUUUUUGAAGAUAAAAAUUUCGGAGUAAAAUCUGUCAUUUCUUUGAACUUUGGGAUUUGACUGAAUUUAAAUUUCACACCAAUGUUUUGUUCAUGGUUUUGUGUUGUUGUCACGUGAACUGCCACAUAAAUGGAACUAGACAGUUGGAUUACCUGUGAUAAUGUUUUGCUGAAAGUAGUCACUAAAGAUGAUGAAGCUUUUUGCUGAAAAUGGUGAUGGAAAAUGGUGACACAAUUUACUUUAAUUGCUGAAGGGAUUUGCUAAAUAAGGAAAAGCUAUUUGCAAAAUUUUAAAAUAGCUAAAAGUGUAUGAAUAAAAGAACUAUCAAAGAGCGCUGAAGUUUACCUAAAUUUCUGAAAAAUGUAUAGUGUAAAUGCUUAAAAAUCCCUAAUACAUGCCAAUUUUGCACCUUUCAGCUUACAGCAAAUCAGCAUCCACUGUUUCACAUCAGUGAUUUGGCAGAGUUUUUACGCCGGAUGCCCUUCCUGACACAACCCUGUACUUGAGGGGCACAGGGACCCAGUUAGGCAGCAGCGUCGAGGGUCUUGCCUAAGGACCCAAUCUGGGUGGGAUCAGUGGACAUUCCUGGGAAUCGAACCCAGGGCCCCUGCAUGCAAACCCUAUUCUUAACCCACUGAGCCACCGAGCCGCCCUUUGCAAAAUAUUUAGUGUGUUGCUUAAAUAUUAGCUAAACUCCGAAUAAGCCCAAAAAACCUUAAUUGAUACCAAAUUAGAAAAAAAGAUAGCACAUUGCUUAAAUACUAGC